AUGGCUAGUUUGGCAGGAAAAGUCAUUUGUAUCACCGGCGGCGCGUCCGGGAUCGGGUUCGAACUGGCCAAGUUGGUGGCUCGCCGGGGCGCCAAAGUGUCGCUGUGCGAUAUCCAAAAGGAGCAACUAGCCAAUGCAGUGACCCAGCUCACAUCGACCGGCGCCGAUGUGUUUGGCAGUGUGGUUGAUGUGAGUUCGGACGAGCAAGUCGACGGCUGGAUCGCCUCGACGGUCGACCGGUUCGGCCAACUCGACGGGGCGGCGAACUUCGCGGCGAUUGAGAACAAACGCGGCGUCUUCACCCAGAUUUCCGGCCUCACCAACCAGGAAUGGGACUCGGUUCUGUCGGUGAACCUGACCGGCGUCAUGUACUGCAUUCGCGCCCAGGUCAAGGCCAUGAAACACGGCGGUUCUAUUGUCAACGCGAGCAGUAUCGGGGGGCUGCGCGGCCGCGAGGGCAUGGCGCCCUACUGCGUGGCCAAACACGCCGUCAUCGGGCUUACGCGCACCGCUGCACGGGAGAACGGUCCCAAUGGCAUCAGAGUGAAUGCUGUGGCUCCAGGACCGAUUGAAACACCCAUGUUUCAGCGGCUACGAAACACGCCCAAAGAUGACCAUGGCACGACGAUGAUGACCUCCAACGCCAUGCCUCUUCAGCGAACCGGUCAGCCCGAGGAGGUUGCAACCUUGGCAGCUUUCCUGCUCAGUGACGAGGCAAGCUUCAUCACGGGCGCCGUCUAUCCCGUUGAUGGUGGCGCAACCGCGUAA